CUACAUACAAUGGCAGCUUCUCUAUAUUUCGGGUUGUGAACCAUAGCGUACAAAAACUAUGCUCCGUUCUUUUCUAAUGAAUGUUUCUAAAAAAUAAAAUAAAAAGCACGAAUGUGUCCCAGACGUCGUCGUUAUAGAAACGAAUCCGUAAGUCGAGGUCCCUGUGUUUUCGUUAGCUUGUUAUGCUAAUUACCUCAGACGGGAGAUUCCAUUAUUAUUCCUCCAAAUCCUGUAAACACAGCGCGAUACACUGCGGUUUCGUGUUGUUGUAUGUGGUUAAUAACCUGCCUGAACAUUAUUAAUAUUAUGGCUUUACCCUCAAAUAAAAACAUGUUUUGGAAAAGUCUAGAAUAGUCAGGAAAAUUAGUCCGGAAAACCGAGUAGAGACGAGAGACUGAUAAAAUAAUCCAGCCAUGUCUCGUGUUCUCACUACACACGGUUGUAUUCCGACCUGAGCAGCAGUGUGUGUGCGUGUGUGUGUGUGCGUGCGUGUGUGUGAAGUCAUGUUGGAGUACUACCAGAUAUUAGGAGUGUCGAAAGACGCGAGUCCGGAUGACAUUAAGAAAGCGUACAGAAAGCUUGCUUUGAAGUGGCAUCCAGAUAAAAACCCAGACAACAAGGACGAAGCAGAGAGGAAGUUUAAGGAGAUCUCUGAGGCGUAUGAAGUCCUGUCAGAUGCCAACAAGCGGACUGUUUAUGAUCAGUACGGUAAAGAAGGCCUGUCAGCAGGUGGAGGAGCAGGACGCUACCAUAACGGCGACCCCUUCGAAAGUUUCACAUUCCGUAAUCCAGAAGACGUCUUCAGGGAUUUCUUUGGAGGUCGUGACCCUUUUGCUGAUUUCUUUGGAAACGAUCCAUUUGGAGAUGAUUUCUUUGGUGGUGGUCGACGGCAGCAUCCGCGCGGGAUGAGCAGGAGCCGAACAGGCGGCUCGUUCUUCUCUAGCGGGUUUGGAGGUUUCGGAGGGUUUGGCGGUUUUCCGUCUUUUGCGCCAACGUUUACUUCAUUUGAUACAGGUUUUAGCUCUUUUGGUCAGAUGGCACAGAUGGGUGGAGGCGGAUUCACGUCCUUCUCUUCCACCUCGUUUGGAGGUGGGGGGGGCAGCGGGAUGGGAAACGUCCGCUCCGUGUCCACAUCCACCAAAAUCGUCAACGGCAGAAAAAUCACCACGAAAAGGAUCAUCGAGAACGGACAAGAACGAGUGGAAGUGGAGGAAGACGGACAGUUAAAGUCUCUAACUAUAAAUGGGCAGGCACUUGAGUUGGGUCUAGGGGAGGAGCGUAAACAGAACAGGUCACUUCCUGACACCUCCUCCACCUCCGCCCACUCUCCCUUCACCCAGAGAGUGCAACAACCAACCAAAGAGCAAAAUGGAAUAAAAAGGAAAAGACCAAUGAUGAAGGGUGAAACAAAAAAGUCCAAAGAGUCAUGAAAUGUUUCCAAAAUCAGUGAAGACACCUGUGUCAGGCGAGAGCGAGGGUGAGAGAGUGGAGUCGGCGUCACGGCGGCAGGAUUCGAUGGUUUAUUAUUUUCAACUUUUUGAUCUAAAUCUUCAUAACAGAUUUUUUUUGUGCUGUGAUGUUCUUCAGUCUACUUUACAGUAAAGGUCAAUAAUAAAUAAUUACCAAAAUAGAUAAUGUAGUGUGAAUUAGAGCCGAUUGUUUUGUGUUUUGGAUUGUUUUUGUUUUUAAUUUGCUUGUUUGUUUUUUAAUGCUCAUUCCAUGCAUUACUGUAGUUAGUGUUUAUUUUUGCACCCUUCUGUGAUGUAUUCUAAUAAAAUUUAGUUGGUUCUGUUUCCCAAAAUAUGUUACAACUAAUGAAUUCAUUUAAAACACAUGGA